ACGCUCAGCCUGCGUCCCCGGGCUCUGUGCACCGCCGGCUCCGAGAGCUCACGCUCGACGAGCGCGCCAUGAGUCCAGGCCGGCGCGCCUGCGAGGACGAGCGGAACGGAGACCCGGCUGGCGGCGGCGGCGGACCGGUGAGCCCCGCGACUGGAGCGCGGGCCUGGGCGGUGAGCGCGCUGUGCCUGCUGCUCUCCGCGAGCUCGGCGGUCGCCUGCCUGCUGCUGGGCGUCCAGGCAGCCGCGCUGCAGGGCCGGGUGGCGGCCCUCGAGGAAGAGCGGGAGCUGCUGUGGCGCGCGGGGACUCCCGACGCCUUGGCCGCCUGGGCCGAGCCGCGGCUGGAGCGCCUGCUGCGUGAGAAGUUGGAGGGACCAGUAAAGCUCCGGACGGUUCGAGAAGCACCGACAGACUGUGUCUGCCCCCCAGGCCCCCCUGGACGGCGUGGCAAGCCCGGAAGAAGAGGUGAUCCCGGUCCUCCUGGGCAAUCGGGACGAGAUGGCUACCCGGGGCCACUGGGUCUGGAUGGAAAGCCUGGACUUCCAGGCCCCAAAGGGGAAAAGGGUGCACCAGGAGACUUUGGCCCCCAGGGAGAUCCAGGGCAAGAUGGAGCUGCUGGGCCUCCAGGGCCCCCAGGACCCCCUGGGGCCCGGGGCCCUCCUGGCGACACCGGGAAAGAUGGCCCCAGGGGAGCACCAGGCCCAGUGGGUCCCAAGGGAGAAGCUGGACAAGAUGGUGCAACGGGCCCAAGUGGACCCCCAGGGCCCAAGGGGGAUGACGGGAUACCAGGCCAACCAGGGCUCUCUGGACCCCCAGGGCCCAAGGGGGAGCCCGGCCACCCAGGCACUGAUGGAGCCACGGGGCAGCGGGGUCCCUCAGGCCUCAAGGGUGAACAAGGAGACACAGUGGUAAUUGACUACGAUGGCAGGAUCUUGGAUGCCCUUAAGGGUCCUCCUGGGCCACAGGGGCCCCCAGGGCCACCAGGGAUCCCCGGAGCCAAGGGUGAACUCGGAUUGCCUGGUGCUCCUGGAAUCGACGGAGAGAAGGGUCCCAAAGGACAGAAAGGAGACCCAGGAGAAGCCGGACCAACAGGACCCAAAGGGGAAGCAGGAGAGAUGGGCUUGUCAGGCCUCCCGGGUGCCAACGGCCCCAAGGGAGAGAAGGGAGAGUCGGCAUCUGACAAGCUACAGGAGAGCCUGGCCCAGAUCAUAGCAGAACCAGGGCCCCCAGGCCCUCCUGGUCCCCCAGGCCCCAUGGGCCUUCAGGGGAUGCAGGGUCCCAAGGGCUUGGAUGGAGCAAAGGGAGAGAAGGGCUCGUCGGGUGAGAGAGGACCCAGCGGCCUGCCUGGGCCAGCUGGCCCACCAGGCCUUAUUGGGCUGCCAGGAACCAAAGGAGAGAAGGGCAGACCCGGGGAGCCAGGACUAGAUGGUUUCCCUGGACCUCGAGGAGAAAAAGGAGACCGGAGCGAGCGUGGAGAGAAGGUGGGAAAGGGGGAUCGCGGUGUCCCGGGUCGGAAAGGAAUGAAAGGCCAGAAGGGCGAGCCGGGACCCCCAGGCCUGGACCAGCCAUGUCCUGUGGAGAAUCUUAGAUGCAGAGGCAGGCGAGGGGCGCCGGGUUCCAGGGGCCUGGCCAGGGCCGGUGGACCCUGCCCUGCGGGCCCCGAUGGACUGCCUGUGCCUGGCUGCUGGCAUAAGGUUUUGCAAACUUCAAAAUUGAGAGUGCAGAGUCCUCCAAGAGCUUGCGGUAGGGGCAACAGACUAUACAAGAGUGACUGACUUGCUGCGGUCCCAGCAGAGACACGGGGAGCACCCUGCCUCAAAAUUGAGCCUUCAAGACUGGGGACCUCAUGUUCCUCUGCCAAGAAGGGCAGCCGUGCCUCAAAAGAACACAUUUUUGGAGCCCCAUUGUGUGCCAUAGCAUGUUAACUAGUCACAAAGAUGAC